AUGGCAAACGUUUCUACUGAUAUUAAGAUCGACGUUGACUACAUAAGUGCUGCAUGUAACUGUUGUCCACAUUCGCUCGACUGGCAGAAUGGACCACGACUUAUUUAUGGUGUUACAAAUAGUGUAGCUCUUUGUUCUGAUACUGCUCCAUUUUCUGUACGUAAAACAUUUUCCGGCCAUCAAGGACGAUUGAAUUGUGUGAAAUGGGUUCGACAAGAGCAACGAAAUUCAAAUAGUGAUUUUUAUUAUUUUCUCAGUGCAUCUGUUGAUAAAACAAUCAGUUUAUGGAAAGGAAAAGAUGAAGAUUAUACAAAGUAUACGUCACUUGUUGGACAUCAGAAUAGUGUGACGACUGUUGUUGGUUAUCAACAAUCUCCUAAUGAUGAUAUCUAUGUAGCUAGUGGAUCUGCAGAUUCAACAAUAAAAAUUUGGUGUAUCACAGAUACGUUAGCUACUUGUCUUCAUACACUUGAUUUUAAAAAUGGUUUUGCUAUUACAUUGGAAUUAGUUCUAUUAGAUAAUCAUAAAAAUAUAUUCUUAUUGUUUGUUGCAACGGAUAAAAAUAAAGUUCAGAUUUAUCAAGUAUCAAACAGCGUGAUUGAACAAGUUUUUGUAUUAAGUGGACAUGAAGAUUGGAUACGUUCAAUAACAGUUCAAAAAUUAACAUCAUUUCAAUGGUUUAUUGCAACUUGUUCUCAAGAUAAUUAUAUUCGUAUUUGGCAAUUAUCAUUUAAUGAAAGUAAUAACCAAACAAAUGUUGAUCCGACAAUAUUAAAAUUAAAACGAAGUUCAUUCGCUCUAAAAAUUACUGAUGAAUCUCCAAUUAAUGUUAAUGUUGAACUUUAUUCAAUUUUAUUAGGACAUGAAGAAGCUAUUUAUGGUCUUUGUUGGUAUCCAAAUACAGAUUUGAAAAAAGCAGCAACAACAAUCUUAUCAGCAUCAAUGGAUAAAUCAAUGGUUUUAUGGACUUUUGAUGACAAUCAAAAAAUGUAUAUCGAUAAAGCUCGUGUUGGUGAAGUUGGUGGUAAUACACUUGGUUUUUAUGGAUGUACGUUUAGUCCAUGUGGUUCAUAUAUACUUGGUCAUGGUUAUGAAGGUGCUUUACAUUUAUGGAAAAUUGAAGAAAUUGAUGAUCGAAUUAAUUUAAUUCCACAAGUAAUUAAUAGUGGACAUUUUAAUACAGUUGAAGAUUGUUGUUGGGAUAGACAUAGUGGUCGUUAUUUAUUAAGUGUAUCAACAGAUCAAACAGCACGUUUACAUGCUGAAUGGAAACGAAAUGGAAUAAUUUCAUGGCAUGAAAUUGGUCGACCACAAAUUCAUGGUUAUGAAAUGAAAUGUUUAACUUUUAUUGGUUCAAAUCAACAACGUUUUGUAUCCGGUGCUGAUGAAAAAAUUUUACGUGUAUUUGAUCCACCAAAAAAUUUUCUUGAAAAUUUUGCUCGUAUAACAAAAAUUAAUGUUGAUGAAGAUAUUCAAAAAGCACAAUCUUUGCCUGAAGGUGCUAAUGUACCAGCAUUAGGUUUAUCAAAUAAAGCAAUUUUUGAUAAUGAUGAAAAUCAAACAACAACAACAUCAGCAGUGAUCGAUGAUGAUCCAAUGACUGUUGAUGGAUUAUAUAAAGAAGGAUUUUUUAAAGCCAUUGUUUUGAAUGAACCACCAUUUGAAGAACAUCUCUUACAAAAUACACUUUGGCCUGAAAUUCAAAAACUUUAUGGACAUGGUUAUGAAAUCAUUGCCGUAGCAUCAAAUCCGUCCGGUUCAAUCAUUGCUUCAACAUGUAAAGCAAGUCAACCAACUGAUGCAGCAAUUAUAUUAUGGAAUACAAAUACUUGGAAACCAAUUACUCGUCUUGUUGUACAUCAAUUAACAGUUGUUCGAAUGGCUUUUUCCAAUGAUGGUCAAUAUUUAUUAUCUGUAUCACGUGAUCGAUCUUGGUCAUUAUUCGAAAUAGAUGAAACAAAUUUUCAAGCCCGUUUAUAUAAACGAAUAUCAAGUAAUAAUCAAUAUCAUAAACGUAUCAUAUGGACAUGUAGUUUUUCGCAUGACGAUAAAUAUUUUAUAACGGGUGCACGCGAUCAAAUGAUUCAUAUGUGGCGUGUUACUGAAAAGAGUAAUGAUGAUAAUGAACAUCCUUGUGAAAAAAAUUAUCUAAAAUUGAAUGAUUCGAUAACAGCUGUUACAUUUGCACCUCGGUUGAUUGAGACUGAAAGAUAUUUUGUAGUAGCAGGACUUGAUAAUGGUAGUGUUUUACUUUAUACUUGGAAUGAACAAUUAUCUUGGCAACAUUUAACAUCAAUUACAGCACCGCUCGGUUUUCAUCUAACCGUAAAUCAAUUAUGUUUUCGUCCAUUGUUAUCAUCAUCAUAUCAAUUAGCUGGUUGUUCGAAUGAUGGCACUAUCAUCAAAUUAUUUUUUCAAAACAAAUCAGUGGAUCAUUUGAACCCAGCUAGAUUUCAAUUACAAAAACAACUAUCUCAUCAACAGCAACAACAACAUCAUCAUUCCAAACAUAAAGAUCUUAUAGAUCUUCUUUCCUCAAAUCAUACAAGUAAUCAUUUUUUAAAUUCAAUCGAUCCAUCUGUUAAUAUAUCAUCCCAAGCUGUAUCCGAUGAUGAUUUUCAUCGUCUUAAAUCAAUAAUACGUUCAACAAUAUGGCCAAUUGAUCAUCUUAUUCGUCGACAAUUAUGGAUGAAUAUAUUAACAUUAAAUCGAGUUAGUACUUCAAAACAACAUCGUCAUACUCAUCAUACAGUGCAAACACCCAUACCAACAUCAACUAUAACAAUUGAUAAUAAUUCACAUUCAUUAGCAUCAAAAUUAAGUCAAUGGCCAAAUUUUGUUGAUACAACUAAUUUAUGUUUUUAUCAUUUAACUGAAUCAAGAGGAUGUUUAAUAUUACAUCAUAUUUUGUUUACAUUUGCUUUACAUCAUCCAGAUGUAACGUAUUGUCCAGCAUUAGAACCGUUAUCUGCUUUACUUUUACAUUAUUUUAAUGAACAUGAAGUAUUAUAUUUAAUUAAUCGUUUAUUAAUUAAACAUUGGUUAUGUGGUGAAACACGUUUACAAUGGGAAGCUAAUUGUAAUGUAUUUAAAAAAUUAUUAAAAAUAUAUUAUAAAUCAACAGCCGAUGCUAUUGAAUUACGUUAUACAAAUACAAAAGUAUUUUAUCAAGAAUGGUUCUGGUGGAUAUUUCGUUAUCUACCAUUUUCUUAUCUUGUAAAAAUUAUGGAUUGUUUCCUUCUUGAAGGUCCAAAAAUUUUAUAUCGUAUUAGUUUAGCACUUGUUCAUCUAUUUAUUAAAACUGUUAAACAUGAAUCGAAUGGAAAAAUUCAAAAUAUGGCAGAUUUUUGCCAACAAAUUCCUGUAUCUAUUGAACAUCUAUUACAUACUGCAUUUCAUAUUCGAAAUUUAAAACGAAGUACAAUAGAACAAUUAAUUGAUCACGAAGAAGAAUCAUUACAUACAACUCGUUAUUUUCCUCGAACAGAUGAUAUUGAUCAAUCUAAUAAUAAUGAUAAUAAUAUUAAUACUAACAUUAAUAAUAAUAACAAUAAUAAUAAUAAUAAUAAUAAUAAUAAUAAUUCGAAAAAUAGCCAUAGAAAUAUGAGUGAACGACAGUCAAUAUUUAUUACUCCUCAUCAUCUUACACGAAUACCGGAUGCAUCUAUACUCAAUUAUCAACAAUUUGUUACUCUAUGGAAUUGGUUACCCGUACGUCUUAGUCUUUCUCAACCUAUCUUAGUUUUUACAACUCAAGAACAUGGAUUUCGAUUACAAACUUUAUUAGAAAAAAUCGAUGAAAUUGAAUAUUCAAUAUUAGUUAUUAAAACAACCACUGGCGAGAUAUUCGGGGCAUUUUGUGCUGGUCCUUGGUCUGAUCGUCAUAAUAAAACAUAUUUCGGAUUUGGUGAAUCAUAUUUAUUUACACUUGUACCAAAAGAAAUUAAAUAUCCUUGGGUUGGACAACAACAACAACAACAACAACAAGAAAAUGAUAAUCGACAAUAUAAAGUUAAAAGAGAACUUUUCUUAUUUGUCAAUAAUGAAAAAUUAAUUAUUGGUGGAGGUAAUGGUGAUGGUUUAUAUAUUGAUUCAUCAUUAUGUGAAGGUCGUACAGCUCAUUGUGAAACAUUUAAUAAUGAACCACUUUGUUCAUCACCAUGUUUUUCAAUAUCAGUUCUAGAAAUGAUUACUUUUGAUUUUUCAUCCUCCUAG